CAUUUUGCUUAAGACGCCUGAGAGAGCUGGAUCCUGUCUGCUUGGCAGUUCGGGAAUAGGGGUCAAUGAAUCCUGUAGUACUGGCACCUCUUAUUGUAAGGUGAUUCCCAGUGACGCCUCCAAGUCACAAUGUCUCAGAGACUGGGGCAAGAAGACCCUGAACGAUACCUCUUUGUGGAUCGGGAUGUGGUUUACAACCCAGCCACGCAGGCCGACUGGACGGCCAAGAAGCUGGUGUGGAUACCAUCAGAGAGGCAUGGCUUUGAAGCGGCCAGCAUAAAAGAGGAGAGAGGGGAUGAGGUAGUAGUUGAACUUGCAGAAAAUGGCAAGAAGGCAAUGGUGAACAAAGAUGACAUCCAGAAGAUGAACCCACCCAAGUUUUCCAAAGUAGAGGACAUGGCAGAACUUACCUGCUUGAAUGAGGCUUCUGUUCUACACAACCUGAAGGACAGAUACUACUCAGGGCUCAUCUAUACGUAUUCUGGGCUGUUCUGCGUUGUCAUCAAUCCUUACAAGAACCUCCCCAUCUAUUCAGAAAAUAUAAUUGAGAUGUACCGAGGAAAAAAGCGCCAUGAGAUGCCGCCGCACAUUUACGCUAUUUCAGAGUCUGCCUACCGCUGCAUGCUUCAAGAUCGCGAGGACCAAUCGAUUCUUUGCACGGGUGAAUCCGGAGCAGGGAAGACAGAAAAUACCAAGAAAGUGAUUCAAUAUUUAGCACACGUUGCGUCCUCCCAUAAGGGGAAGAAGGAUCACACCAUUCCUACCGAAUCUCCUAAGCCCAUCAAACAUCAGAGUGGAUCCUUGUUGUAUGGUGAGUUGGAACGACAGUUGCUCCAAGCCAAUCCCAUCCUGGAGUCCUUUGGAAACGCCAAGACUGUAAAGAAUGACAAUUCCUCUCGUUUUGGCAAAUUCAUCCGAAUCAACUUUGACGUGACUGGUUACAUUGUGGGGGCCAAUAUAGAGACCUAUCUGUUGGAAAAGUCUCGAGCGAUAAGACAAGCCAAGGAUGAAAGGACUUUUCAUAUCUUUUACCAGCUGCUGGCUGGUUCAGGGGAACACCUAAAAUGCGCAGAGCAAGGCAGAGAACUGGCUGAUUUGCUGCUUGAAGGAUUUAGCAACUACAAGUUUGUCUCCAAUGGAUACAUCCCCAUACCAGGGCAGCAGGACAAGGAGAACUUCCAAGAGACCAUGGAGGCCAUGCAUAUCAUGGGCUUCUCACAUGACGAGAUCUUGUCCAUGUUGAAAGUGGUGUCUUCCGUCCUGCAGUUUGGAAACGUUAUUUUCAAGAAAGAGAGAAACACAGAUCAGGCUUCUAUGCCAGAGAACACAGCCGCACAGAAACUCUGCCACCUGCUGGGCCUCAACGUCAUGGAGUUUACCCGAGCCAUCCUCACCCCACGCAUCAAAGUGGGCAGGGACUAUGUACAAAAGGCACAGACAAAAGAGCAGGCAGAUUUUGCAGUGGAAGCCCUGGCGAAAGCCACAUACGAGAGACUGUUCCGCUGGCUGGUCCAUCGGAUCAAUAAGGCCUUGGACCGCACAAAACGCCAAGGAGCGUCCUUUAUUGGCAUCCUGGAUAUUGCCGGAUUUGAAAUCUUCGAGCUGAAUUCAUUCGAGCAGCUCUGCAUCAACUACACAAACGAGAAGCUCCAACAGCUCUUCAAUCACACCAUGUUCAUCCUGGAGCAGGAGGAGUACCAACGCGAGGGAAUUGAGUGGAACUUCAUAGACUUCGGCUUAGAUCUACAGCCCUGUAUCGAUCUCAUUGAGAGGCCGGCCAAUCCUCCCGGAGUGCUGGCUCUGCUUGACGAGGAGUGCUGGUUUCCCAAGGCAACAGACAAAUCCUUUGUGGAUAAGCUGGUCCAGGAGCAAGGCACCCAUUCCAAGUUUCAGAAACCCAGGCAGCUGAAGGACAAGGCUGAUUUCUGCAUUAUCCACUAUGCCGGCAGGGUGGAUUACAAAGCGGAUGAGUGGCUCAUGAAGAACAUGGAUCCGCUAAAUGACAAUGUUGCAACCCUGCUUCACCAGUCAUCAGACAAGUUUGUUGCCGAGCUGUGGAAAGAUGUGGAUCGCAUUGUGGGUCUGGACCAGGUGGCAGGAAUGGCUGAAACCGCCUUUGGCUCUGCGUACAAGACCAAGAAGGGCAUGUUUCGCACGGUGGGGCAGCUUUACAAAGAGUCCCUCACCAAGCUAAUGGCGACUCUGCGCAACACCAACCCUAACUUCGUGCGCUGUAUCAUCCCGAACCAUGAAAAACGGGCCGGCAAACUGGAUCCUCACUUGGUGCUGGAUCAGCUGAGAUGUAACGGUGUCUUGGAGGGUAUUCGAAUCUGCCGACAGGGAUUCCCUAACCGGAUUAUCUUUCAGGAGUUCCGCCAGAGGUAUGAGAUUCUCACCCCUAAUGCCAUUCCAAAGGGAUUUAUGGACGGGAAGCAGGCGUGUGAGCGAAUGAUUAGAGCUCUGGAGUUGGACCCCAAUUUAUUCCGUAUUGGCCAGAGCAAGAUUUUCUUCCGUGCUGGCGUCCUGGCCCACCUGGAAGAGGAGAGAGACCUGAAGAUCACAGACAUCAUCAUUUUCUUCCAGGCCAUUUGCAGGGGUUACCUGGCCAGAAAGGCUUUUGCAAAGAAACAGCAGCAGCUGAGUGCCCUGAAGGUUCUCCAAAGGAACUGCGCUGCCUACUUGAAAUUAAGGCAUUGGCAAUGGUGGCGACUUUUCACCAAGGUGAAACCUCUUCUACAAGUUACUCGACAAGAAGAGGAACUUCUAGCGAAGGAUGAAGAACUGCUGAAGGUGAAGGAGAAACAGUCCAAAGUGGAAGGGGAACUCGUGGAGAUGGAGAGAAAGCACCAGCAGUUGGUGGAAGAGAAAAAUAUUCUCGCUGAGCAGCUACAAGCGGAGACAGAGCUGUUUGCAGAGGCUGAGGAAAUGAGGGCCCGUCUAGCUGUCAAGAAGCAGGAGCUGGAAGAGAUCCUGAGAGAUCUGGAGAUACGUAUGGAGGAGGAAGAGGAGAGGAACCAAGUCUUACAGAAUGAGAAGAAAAAGAUGCAGACACACAUACAGGAUUUAGAAGAACAGCUAGAUGAGGAGGAGGCAGCACGACAGAAGCUGCAGUUGGAGAAAGUAACAGCAGAAGCCAAAAUUAAAAAGAUGGAAGAGGAUAUUCUUCUCCUGGAGGACCAGAACUCAAAGUUCAUUAAGGAGAAGAAACUGAUGGAUGAACGGAUUGCAGAGUGCACUUCGCAGCUGGCAGAGGAGGAAGAGAAAGCAAAGAACCUGGCCAAGCUAAAGAACAAGCAGGAAAUGAUGAUCAGCGAUUUGGAAGAAAGGCUAAAGAAAGAGGAGAAGACACGUCAAGAGUUAGAAAAAGCCAAGAGGAAGCUGGAUGGGGAGACCACUGAUCUCCAGGACCAAAUAGCUGAGCUGCAGGCUCAGAUCGAGGAACUUAAGUUGCAACUAGCCAAAAAAGAAGAGGAACUGCAGGCUGCACUAGCCAGAGGUGAUGAGGAGGUGGUACAGAAGAAUAAUGUUCUGAAGCUGGUGAGGGAGCUGCAGGCACAGAUCGCUGAGCUUCAGGAAGACCUGGAGUCUGAGAAAGCUUCACGCAACAAAGCAGAGAAGCAGAAGAGGGACCUAAGCGAGGAGCUAGAGGCGCUGAAAACGGAACUGGAGGACACUUUAGACACCACUGCGGCACAGCAGGAACUGAGGACCAAGAGGGAACAGGAAGUGGCCGAACUGAAGAAGAACAUUGAAGAAGAGACCAAGAACCAUGAGGCACAAAUUCAGGAAAUGAGACAGCGGCAGGCCACAGCCCUGGAGGAGAUCUCAGAGCAACUGGAGCAAGCCAAACGGCUGAAAGUGAAUUUGGAGAAGAACAAGCAGAGCUUGGAAUCCGAUAAUAAGGAGCUCUCUGGGGAGGUGAAAACCUUGCAGCAACAGAAGGCAGAGUCUGAGUACAAGAGGAAGAAACUGGAGGGACAGGUGCAGGAGCUGCAUGCCAAAUCGUCCGAUGGAGACCGACAGCGAGCAGAGCUGGGGGAGAAGAUCAGCAAGCUUCAGAAUGAACUUGAGAAUGUCUCCUGUCUCCUUGAAGAAGCUGAGAAAAAAGGGAUCAAACUGGCCAAAGAUGCUUCCGGCUUGGAGUCCCAGCUGCAGGACACUCAGGAGCUGCUCCAGGAGGAGACCCGGCAGAAGCUCAACAUGAGCAGUCGAAUUCGCCAACUAGAGGAAGAGAAAAAUAAUCUGCAAGAGCAGCAGGAGGAAGAGGAGGAGGCCAGGAAAAGCUUGGAGAAGCAGAUCCUCACAUUGCAGGCACAGCUUGCGGAUGCCAAGAAAAGGGUCGAUGAUGAUGUGGGAAUGAUAGAAAACCUGGAAGAAGUAAAAAAGAAGUUGCUGAAAGAAAUGGAGGGAUUAGGUCAGCGACUGGAGGAGAAAGGGCUGGCCUUCGAGAAGAUGGAGAAGACGAAAAACCGAUUGCAGCAAGAGCUAGAUGACUUGAUAGUGGAUCUAGAUCACCAGCGACAGAUCGUGUCUAACCUGGAGAAGAAGCAGAAAAAGUUUGAUCAGCUAUUGGCUGAAGAGAAAAAUAUCUCUGCCCGAUAUGCUGAUGAGCGUGAUCGUGCUGAGGCUGAUGCCCGAGAGAAGGAGACCAAAGCCCUGUCAUUGGCUCGGGCACUAGAGGAAGCCCUGGAGUCUAGAGAUGAGUUUGAGAGACUGAACAAACAACUCAGGGCAGAGAUGGAGGACCUAAUGAGCUCCAAGGAUGACGUAGGAAAAAAUGUGCAUGAGCUGGAAAAGUCCAAGCGGGCGUUGGAGCAGCAGGUGGAGGAGAUGAGGACACAGCUGGAGGAACUAGAGGAUGAGUUACAGGGCACAGAGGAUGCCAAACUACGCUUGGAAGUGAACAUGCAAGCAAUGAAGGCGCAGUUUGAUCGUGACUUGCAGUCACGCGAUGAACAGAAUGAAGAAAAGAAACGAAUGCUGGUGAAACAGGUGCGCGAACUGGAGGCUGAACUUGAGGAUGAACGUAAGCAAAGGGCACUUGCUGUUGCUUCCAAGAAGAAAUUGGAGAUGGAUUUGAAAGAUCUGGAGUCACAGAUAGAGGCUGCAAAUAAGGGACGGGAAGAUGCAAUCAAACAGCUUCGUAAAUUGCAGGCCCAAAUGAAGGAUUACCAACGGGAGCUUGAGGAUGCCCGGGCAUCACGAGAUGAUAUCUUUGCACAGUCCAAAGAGAAUGAGAAGAAGCUGAAGAGUUUGGAAGCAGAAAUUCUCCAGCUGCAAGAGGAACUGGCAGCUUCUGAACGUGGUCGUCGUCACGCAGAGCAGGAGAGAGACGAGCUUGCAGAUGAGAUCUCAAACAGUACGUCAGGAAAAUCUGCUCUCCUGGAUGAGAAAAGACGUCUGGAAGCUAGAAUUGCCCAGCUUGAAGAGGAACUUGAGGAAGAGCAAAGCAAUAUGGAACUUCUCAAUGACCGGUUCCGUAAAACCACCCUGCAGGUGGACACAUUGAAUUCAGAGCUGGCUGGAGAGAGGAGCUCUGCCCAAAAGAGUGAAAAUGCACGACAACAACUGGAGAGGCAGAACAAGGAGCUAAAGGCCAAACUACAGGAACUCGAAGGCUCCGUCAAGUCAAAGUUUAAAGCAACCAUUGCCACCCUGGAGUCCAAGAUUGGUCAGCUGGAGGAGCAGCUGGAGCAGGAGGCAAAGGAACGAGCAGCUUCUAACAAGUUAGUUCGCCGGACAGAGAAGAAGCUGAAGGAGGUUUUCAUGCAGGUGGAGGAUGAGCGCAGACACGCUGACCAGUACAAGGAGCAGAUGGAGAAAGCCAACACUCGAAUGAAACAGCUGAAGAGGCAGCUGGAGGAAGCAGAAGAGGAGGCAACUCGCGCCAAUGCCUCCCGGCGCAAGCUGCAACGAGAGCUCGAUGACUCUUCAGAAGCCAAUGAGGUUUUGGUCCGGGAAGUGUCCACUCUCAAGAAUCGUCUGAGGAGAGGAGGACCGAUUUCCUUCUCUUCCAGCUCCAGUCGCUCCGGCCGCCGACAGCUUCAGAUAGAGGGCACUUCCUUGGAUCUCUCUGAUGACGAGCUGGAGACUAAACCACCUGAGGUCAACGAGACUCCUGCCCCUGCUCCUGCUCCUGUCCCUACCCCGGCUGAAUGAUCUCCCACCUACAGCAUUCCUCUGCCCCAUGCAGAGGGACCAGGAACCAGGGGCAGAUAACUGCACACCGAAGCACGUCCGCACAGACAUCCUGGGUGUCCGGAGGGGAGCCUCUCCUCGCAGGCUAAAGUGCUUUAAAGUGGUUUUUUUUGGUUUUUUUUAUUUUAACGCUAAAAUACAAAUCUUUUGAACCACGUUCCUGCUGAAACUACAUUUAAUUUCUGCAGGGAUGUGGUUUGCAGCCCUAGUCCCUCCUUCACCCCCAUAUUCUCGAACAACAUCAGAGGGGUUCAAUAUUCUGUUACUUGCAUCUGUUUUACAUCAAUCUUAAGACAUUUUUUAUUCUUCUUUGCUUUAUUUUUUUAGCAUCAUGUGGAAAAAUAGAAACAAAAUUCUUUGUCCCCGUCUCCUGUGGGCAAUGGACUGAGACUGCAGAGGGGGGGGGGCAGAGGGAGGGUGUUAUAUACUCCUCCCCUUGCAUGUUAUAGUUGGUACAAACCUCACCUAUUUUGCAUUGGGAGCAGCUGUGCGCCCCUCGUCCCAGCUCUAAUCUAUGGUAAUUCUAGAUCUGCAACACUAAACUGUGAAUCACACCCGUGGGGAUUUUUCUCACCCAUGUCCUCCCUAAGGAAGGAGCUAGGACAGGGACCCAGGGGCACAGAGACUGUAUAUCGAGGAGCUGCCCGCUAUAACUUUCCUGAAAGCUGUUGCUUGUCUGUGGCGGUGAGAGGGUUAAAAUUAGUCAGCCGUCAAGUUAACUAGGGGAGUAGCACGAUCCUUAAAAUUAUGGAAAUCAAACUGUUCCUAUUCCAUAACCGGAAGGGGAAAGAAUCCGUAUACAUU